UAUGUCAGACUUCCCGACGAGAAGAUGAGACUAUGACUGAAGAGCAUCCUGAAAAUCGCAAGCAGUCCUUUUCCUGGGUCCAAACUGGAUUGAUUUGAGAACAAUAAUUAUGAGGCUGACAUGUAUGUUCUCCUUCAUCUUGCUGUUUGGAGCAGCUGGGCUUGUUGUCUUCAUUCAUCUGCAGGAUCCAGAAGAAAUAGUUCAUCAGCAGACACCAGGAAUUAAAUAUAACAUGGGAUUCCAGCAACCCAAAAAAGACUGCAUUGCCAGCACUACCCAGGAUGGAAGAUUAAGGGGAAACCCUGCAGACGGAGGAGCAGCAGCAAAGCAGAGCAGUUCAUUGCACCUUUCUGGGAACGCGGCCGCUGAGCUCCAAAGCCCCGACAGAAGGCAAGGCAGCAACACGCUUGCGAUGAAAGGGCAGCGACAGAAAGGUGAGGAAAUUAAUUCCAUGAGGCUCCAUAAACGGAGGAGGAGGUUUGUAAUUAAGAGGAGUCCUAUUCUGAUUUCAAUGAACAGCUCCACUCUCAGCCUGCCCACACUCAGAUCUGAGGAUAGAAAUAACAACAAAUGGAAAAGCCUCUAUCAGAUCCAAAGAGAAAGAAAGAGGAUAAUGAGGGAAACUUGUUCUAAAUACAAGAGUAACAGUAGAAGAAUAAUCACUCCUUAUCAUGUUUCUAGAAUAUUUGUAGAAGAUAAAUACAGAGUUUUGUACUGUGAAGUACCAAAAGCUGGCUGCUCUAACUGGAAACGGGUGCUCAUGGUUCUGAACGGGCUGGCUUCCUCCACAAAAGACAUCCAGCACAACACGGUGCACUACGGAAACUACUUAAAAAAGCUGGACGGGUUUGAUCGCAAAGGAAUUUAUCACAGGCUCAACACUUACACCAAGAUGCUUUUCAUUCGUGAGCCUUUUGAAAAGUUGGUGUCCGCAUUUCGGGACAAGUUUGAACAUCCAAACAACUACUAUCAUCCUGUUUUUGGAAAAGCCAUCAUUUCCAGGUAUCGUGUCAAUGCCACCAAAGAAGCAUUAAGGACAGGCUCUGGAGUCAAAUUUAAAGAGUUCAUUCAAUAUCUCCUUGAUGUGCACAGGCCUGUGGGUAUGGACAUCCACUGGGAUCACGUCAACAGGCUUUGCAGCCCGUGUUUAAUAGACUAUGACUUCAUUGGGAAAUUUGAAAGCAUGGAAGAAGAUGCAAACUUUUUCUUGCACUUAAUUGGUGCUCCGCAGAAUUUGACUUUCCCUAAAUUUAAAGACAGGCAUUCCAAUGAUGAAAGAACUACCACUAAAAUUACACAACAGUACUUUGCACAGCUUUCUCCUUCUCAAAGACAACGCAGUUAUGAUUUUUAUUAUAUGGAUUAUUUGAUGUUUAACUACUCCAAACCUUUUGAAGAUUUAUACUGAUCUGAGAACAGGGACACUUCUAUGGUCAUAUCUGUUGACUUGCA